AUCAUUUCAUUUUCUUCAACCCGCGUAGUCUUCCAUUUCCUCCAUCAUGGACCUCCAACGCUACAACCGCAGACAACGCCUCAAGCAAGACAUCAUCAUCCUCAUCCUCAGCAUCGUCACUCUCUCCGUCUCAAUCCCGUACGCCACCCAGCUCUGGAACGAUGCUGAAAGAUACGUCGCCUCUUCUCCCUCCUCGUCGUCGAAGAUGAACGACCUCCUCGGCUCAAGCCGAACUACGCACAUGCCCCCAAAAGAAUCCCUCAUCCCAAUGUACGGCCUCACACCACUCGUCGCAAUCGCCAUGACAGUCCUCAGUAUCAGCCUCUACUGGAACGCUGUGCAGCCGCUCGUCUACUCCAUUUCUCUGAGCGCCUUCAUGUUCGUUGGAUGGUUGAUCACGGUUAUUUUCUGGGGCCGCUGUGUGCAUGAUGGGGAUCGAGGUUCUCGGGCUGCUUGGACGAAAGUAUGCAUCCAAGCAACGAUCUAUAGAGACCACGAUGUGGGGCGCAGGCUCGAUUGGCUGGGCGUUGCUUCUGCUUUCUUUGCAGCGUUCUUAUUGCCUUGUUAUUUGCUGCAAAUUUGCUGCGCUGUGAGCGAUUUGCGUAGAAGUAAAAGUAUGGACGUGAACAGGUCGAGUAAGGAAGUGGUGGAAGAGGAGAUGGAAGAACUGUAAAAGUGCAUUGGGUAGGAUGGAGUUAACGUGGCUAUUCAGGUAAAGAUGGUCGUGGAGCGAUACUGGUUAUCGG